AUGAGUGGAAACAAGAAGAUGUUCACCAAACUUGAUGAGAAGUUCAGGGAGACUGUAAAGCUUGGUAAUGAUUCAAGCUUAAAAGUACAAGGAAAAGGAGAUGUCAAAAUUAAAGUCAAUGGUGUUGUACAAACCAUAUUAGAUGUGUUCUAUAUGCCUGAAUUAAGAAGCAAUCUGAUCAGCCUUGGUCAGCUUCAAGAAAAGGGGUUUGCCAUUCUAAUUCAAAAGAAUUGUUGCCAAAUUCAUCAUCUGGAGAAAGGUUUAAUUAUGCAGGUUGAAAUGGCUUCCAACAUAAUGUUUCCAUUACAAACACAAGCUGCAUUAACCAAGCAAGUCUGUCUGAAAUCCACUAUCCAAGAUGAUACUUGGUUGUGGCAUUUUAGAUAUGGACAUCUGAAUUUCAAAGGCCUAAAGACUUUAUAG